CGGGCUCGGGGGGCGAUGCGGGGGCCUGGCCCGGAGCUCAGGGCGCUCCUGCUCCUGCUCCUGCUGCUGCUGCUGAGCCGCGGGGAGCCGGCGGCGGCUUUACAGUGCCUAGAUGCUUUUAAGCCUUGUAUCAAUGAGGGAAAAUGCAUCUCCUAUCGCAAUGGCACAGGAUAUUGCAAGUGUCCAGAGGGUUUUCUUGGAGACUACUGUCAGUACAAAAACCCUUGUGAAAGCCAUACCUGUCAGAAUGGAGGAACAUGUGAAACCACAUCUGUGGUCGGAAAAGCCACUUGUAAAUGUGCUUUAGGAUUCACAGGCGAGGACUGCAAAUACUCUGAAUCACACAUCUGCUUUGUAUCUCACCCUUGUUUAAAUGGAGGGACCUGCCAACUGCUUCUCCAGGACACAUAUGAGUGUGUCUGUCCACCAGGUUACACAGGAAAGGACUGCCAGUGGAUUGAUGCUUGUGUGUCUCAGCCAUGUGCCAAUGGAAGUACAUGUAUCACAUCUGGAAGCGGGUUCUCCUGCAUCUGCCCAGCAGGCUAUACUGGCUCAAAGUGCGAGAUUGAUCUAAAUGAAUGUGCCACACCAGGACAAUGCCAAAACGGUGGAACGUGUCACAAUUUGCCCGGUUCUUACCAAUGCCAGUGCAAGCCAGGCUUUAGAGGACACCGCUGUGAGAACACAUAUGUGCCUUGUUCACCAUCGCCAUGUAUGAAUGGAGGGACAUGUCAUCAAACCAGUGACUUUACCUUUGAGUGCAACUGUUUGCCAGGCUUUGAAGGAAGCACCUGCGAGCAGAAUAUUGAUGACUGCCCAAAUCAUAAUUGCCAGAAUGGUGGGGUGUGUGUGGAUGGUGUGAACACUUACAACUGCCACUGCCUCCCGCAGUGGACAGGUCAGUUUUGUACUGAGGAUGUAGAUGAAUGUCAGCUCCAGCCCAACGCCUGUCAGAAUGGAGGGACCUGCACCAACCACAAUGGAGGCCACAGCUGUGUGUGUGUCAAUGGCUGGAGCGGGGAGGACUGCAGUAAGAACAUUGAUGACUGUUUCAAUACUGCCUGUGCUGUCGGGUCUACUUGCAUUGAUCGUGUGGCUUCAUUUACAUGUAUCUGUCCAGAAGGAAAGACAGGUCUCCUGUGCCACUUGGAUGACGCAUGUGUUAGUAACCCAUGCCUGAUGGGAGCUCUAUGUGAUACCAACCCUCUGAAUGGACACUACAUCUGCACCUGUCCUCAAGGCUAUAAAGGAGCAGACUGUACUGAUGACGUGGAUGAGUGUGCUAUGGCAAACAGCAACCCAUGUGAGCAUGCUGGGAAAUGUGUGAAUACAGAAGGCUCCUUCCACUGUGAAUGUCUGAAGGGGUAUACAGGGCCUCGCUGUGAACUGGACAUUAAUGAAUGUCUUUCUGAACCAUGUCAGAAUGAUGCCACUUGCCUGGAUAAAAUUGGAGGGUUCACAUGUCUCUGCAUGCCAGGGUUUAAAGGUAUGCACUGUGAACUGGAGAUUAACGAAUGCCAGAGUAAUCCCUGUGUGAACAAUGGAGAAUGUCUGGAUAAAGUCAAUCGCUUCCAGUGUGUCUGCCCACCUGGUUUCACUGGAGCUGUGUGCCAGAUCGACAUUGAUGAUUGCUCCAGCACACCUUGUCUAAAUGGAGCUAAGUGCAUUGAUUAUCCAAAUGGCUAUGAAUGCCAGUGUGCCACAGGCUUUACUGGCACUUUGUGUGAAGAGAAUAUCAACAACUGUGACCCUGACCCUUGCCACCAUGGUGAAUGCCAGGAUGGAAUUGAUUCGUACACCUGUGUCUGCAAUUCUGGGUACAUGGGUGCCAUAUGCAGUGAGCAGGUAGAUGAAUGCCAGAGUAACCCCUGCCUCAAUGAAGGACGCUGCAUUGACUUGGUGAAUGGCUAUCAGUGCAACUGUCUCCUGGGCACUUCAGGAGUGAACUGUGAGAAUAACUUGGAUGACUGUGCAAGUAACCCCUGCAUUUAUGGAGUCUGUCUCGAUGGCAUUAAUCGCUACGAUUGUGUCUGCAAGCCUGGAGUUACAGGUCCAAGGUGUAAUAUUGAUAUUGAUGAAUGCAUCUCCGGUCCCUGUCAUAAUGGUGGAACAUGUGUAAAUGAAAUGAAUGGAUUUCGGUGUCUGUGUCCUGAAGGCUUCCAUCAACCCAGCUGUCAGUCGCAAGCUGAUGAAUGUCUUAGUAGCCCUUGUGUACAUGGAAACUGCACAAAUGAUGUCAGUGGAUACAUGUGUCUCUGUGACCCUGGCUGGGUUGGAACAGACUGUGAAGUGGAAGAGAACGCAUGUCUGUCAAACCCGUGCCAGAAUGGAGGAAUUUGUGACAGUCUGGUGGAUGGAUACAGAUGUACCUGCAUGAAAGGAUUCAGAGGCGUGAACUGCCAGCUCGUGCUGUCUCCCUGCUCUCCUGAUCCAUGUGAGAACUCUGGAAUCUGCCAAGAAUCUCCUGACUCGGAGGGCUACAUCUGCCAGUGUGCUGCUGGCUGGGAAGGCCAGAGAUGUACAGUGGAUAUAGAUGAGUGUGUGUCAAAGCCUUGCAAGAAUCAUGCUGUGUGCCAUAACACUCAAGGCAGUUACUUGUGUGAAUGCCACCCAGGCUUCACUGGAGGAGACUGUGAAAGCAACAUUGAUGACUGCCUUUCAAAUCCCUGCCAGAAUGGAGCUUCGUGUGUGGAUGGGGUGAACUCUUUCUUAUGCACUUGUCUGCCUGGGUUCCAGGGAGAUAAGUGUCAGACCGAUAUAAAUGAAUGUCUGAGUGAACCAUGCAAGAAUGGAGGCACCUGUACGGACUACGUCAACAGCUACACCUGCAAGUGUCAGGCAGGGUUUGAGGGCACCCACUGUGAGAACAACAUUGAUGAGUGUACCGAGAGUUCUUGUUUCAAUGGAGCCACUUGUGUGGAUGGGAUCAACUCCUUUUCCUGCCAGUGCCCAGUGGGGUUCACUGGGGCCUUCUGCCUGAUGGAAAUUAAUGAAUGCAAUUCCCAUCCUUGUUUGAACAAAGGGACUUGUGUGGAUAGACUGGGGACCUACCAGUGCAUCUGUCCCUUGGGUUACACUGGGAAAGACUGCCAAACACUCAUGGAUCUGUGCAGCAAGUCUCCCUGUAAGAACAAAGGCACAUGCGUCCAGAGGAAAACCCAGUCUCAAUGCAUCUGUCCACCUGGUUGGACUGGCACCUAUUGUGAUGUGCCCAACGUCUCCUGUCAGGUGGCUGCAUCACAGAGGGGAGUCCCCGUGGACCAAUUGUGUCAACAUUCUGGCAUUUGCCUUGAUGUGGGAAACAGUCAUCGCUGCCAAUGCGGCAUGGGCUACACUGGCAGCUACUGUGAAGAGCAGUUGGACGAAUGCACCUCCAAUCCAUGCCAGAAUGGUGCCACCUGCAGUGACUAUCUCAGGGGAUAUCAGUGUGAGUGUGUGCCAGGGUACCAAGGAGUCAACUGUGAAUACGAAGUGGAUGAGUGCCAGUUCCAGCCCUGCCAGAAUGGAGGAACCUGCAUUGAUCUUGUCAAUCAUUUCAUUUGCUCCUGUCCACCAGGAACUCGAGGCCGUCUUUGUGAGGAGAACAUUGAUGACUGUGCGUCAGAUGUGGGAGGACCCCGUUGCUUUAAUGGAGGACAGUGCAUUGACCAAAUUGGGGGCUACAGCUGCCACUGUCUCCCAGGCUUUGCAGGCGAGCGCUGUGAGGGGGAUAUUAAUGAGUGCCUUUCCAACCCUUGUAGCCCUCAUGGUAGCCUAGACUGCAUUCAGCUAGUCAAUGAUUAUACAUGCAUCUGUCGCAGUGCCUUCACUGGUCGUCACUGUGAGACCCUAACAGAUGUGUGUCCCCAGCAGCCUUGUCAGAAUGGCGGUACUUGUGUUGUUGCCAGUCGUAUGCCUGUUGGGUUCAUCUGCCAGUGUCCUCCAGGUUAUUCUGGGUUUAAAUGUGAGUUUGGCAGCCACAGUGUCUGUGGGCAAGUGAAAUGCAAGAAAGGGGAGCAAUGCAUCCAGACAUCCUCUGGGCCCCAAUGUUACUGCCCAAAGCUCUCAGCUGGCACAGCAUGCCAGACUGGUACAGGCUGUGCCAGUGCACCAUGCCAGAAUGGUGGAAGCUGCCAUCCCAGGACUCAGCCACCUUACUACUACUGCCAGUGUCCUGAUCAAUCUGAAGGGAGCCAGUGUGAACACUCAGUGUACCCCAGCCAAGAGCUGCUGGGCUGUCCAGACCAACACUGUGCAGAAAGAUCAAAAAAUGGCUACUGCGACAGGGACUGUAACAUGCACGCCUGCCAGUGGGAUGGAGGUGACUGUUCCCUGACAGGAGAGGAUCCCUGGGCCAACUGCUCUUCCUCGCUGCACUGCUGGCAGCACUUCAAUGGCGAGUGCGACGAGCUCUGUAACACACCCGAGUGCCUCUUCGACAACUUUGAGUGCCAGCAAAAUAGCAAGCUAUGCAAGUAUGAUAAGUACUGUGCAGAUCAUUAUGCGGACGGGCGCUGUGACCAGGGCUGUAACAGUGAGGAGUGUGGCUGGGAUGGCCUGGACUGUGCUGGUGACAAAGCUGAGAAACUGGCAGAAGGGACCCUUAUUAUUGUGGUACUGAUGCCCCCCGAGGAGCUGCUCAGUGAUGCCCGCAGUUUCCUGCGGACUUUAGGAUCCCUUCUUCAUACCAACCUGAGAAUAAAACUGGACUCACAGGGAAACCCCAUGGUGUUCCCAUACUACGGGGAGACGCUGGCAUCACGGAGUCGGCGAUCACUCUCAGGCAAUCGCAAACCCAGAGAACUUGAACAGGAGGUCAUUGGCACGAAGGUGUUCCUGGAAAUUGACAACCGCCAAUGUAGUGAAGAUUCAGACCAGUGCUUCAAAAGCACAGAAGCUGCUGCAGCUCUCUUAGCAGCUCAGGCCAUGCGGGACAUGCUGCCCUACCCCUUUGUGUCUGUCCAAAGUGAACCUUGGCUACCAAAGAAGACCCAGUUGCUUUACCUACUUGCUGUGGCAGCUGUGAUCAUCCUUUUCAUCCUGUUGUUGGGUGUGCUUGUGGCAAAGAGAAAGCGCAAACAUGGCUCCCUCUGGCUUCCGGAGGGCUUUGUUCUACGCCGGGACCCCAGUAACCACAAGCGCAGAGAGCCAGUUGGGGAAGAUGCAGUUGGACUGAAGAAUCUGUCAGUUCAAGCUACAGAGGGUAAUUUGACUGACUGCAGUCUCAGUGAGCACUGGACCAGCAGUGGAGGACCUCUGCCUAAGAGAGCAAAGGCUGAAGAUCAAGCUUUGCUGUCAGACGGACAGGAGCAGGUAGAUCAGCGCCAGUGGACACAGCAACACCUAGAGGCAGCUGACAUCUGUGGGACCCCAUCUCUAGCCCUUACACCACCGCAGGAGGAUCAGGAAGUGGAUGGGCUGGAUGUCAAUGUCAGAGGGCCAGAUGGGUGUACCCCACUCAUGUUGGCAUCUCUCCGUGUGGGCAGCUCCGAGAUUAGUGACGAAGAUGAAGAAAUGGAAGAUUCUUCAGCAAAUAUCAUAACAGACUUAGUUUACCAAGGUGCAAACCUGCAGGCCCAAACGGACCGUACUGGGGAGAUGGCACUGCACUUAGCAGCCCGCUAUUCAAGAGCAGAUGCGGCAAAACGCUUACUAGAUGCUGGUGCUGAUGCUAAUGCACGAGACAACAUGGGCCGGUCUCCCCUUCAUGCAGCCGUGGCAGCUGAUGCACAGGGUGUCUUCCAGAUCCUGAUCCGUAACAGAGUGACGGACCUGGAUGUGCGAAUGAAUGAUGGCACAACCCCACUAAUCCUGGCUGCCCGACUGGCUGUGGAAGGAAUGGUGGCCGAGCUGAUCAACUGCCAGGCUGAUGUCAAUGCUGUGGAUGAUCAUGGUAAAUCUGCCCUUCACUGGGCUGCUGCUGUUAACAAUGUGGAGGCAACAUUAGUGCUGCUGAAAAACGGAGCUAACAGAGACAUGCAGGACAACAAGGAGGAGACACCGCUGUUCCUGGCAGCGCGGGAAGGGAGUUUUGAAGCAGCUAAAAUCCUGUUGGACCAUUUUGCCAAUCGAGACAUCACAGACCACAUGGAUCGCCUCCCCCGAGAUGUGGCACAGGACCGAAUGCACCAUGACAUCGUGCACCUUCUGAAUGAGUACAACCUGACCCAUAGCCCUCCUGGACACCCUGGCACCAUGCUAAGCUCAGCCCUCUCACCAGUGAUCUGUGGCCCAAACAGGUCCUUCCUCAAUUUGAAACAUGCUUCCUUAAGCAAGAAGCCACGAAAACCAAGUGCCAAGGGCCUGGUGCCCACAAAUCUCUCCAAGGAUGCAAAGAGGAAGGGGAAGAAAUCUGUGAGUGAAAGCAAGGGACAGUUUUCUGAGAGCUCAGUGACCCUCUCACCAGUUGAUUCCCUGGAAUCCCCACAUGCUUUUGUAUCUGAACCAAUAUCAUCUCCAGUGAUGCCAUCACCAGGGGUUUUACCUUCAUCCCCACACACACAGCACACUGCUGCAUCAGUACAGGCUGCGCACACCAUGUCCUUCUCCAACCUCCAUGAGCUGCAGCCCCUGGGAUGUGGAUCCAGCACUGUGCUCCCUUCUGUCAGCCAGCUGCUUUCACAGCACAGAAUCACCCCUCCAAACUGUGGGCUCGAUCGGCUCAGGCCAGUUAACAUUUCUGCUGAAUGGAUGAGUCGUAUGGAAAUGAAUGAAUCCCAGUAUAAUGAGAUGUUUGGCAUGGUCCCCCAGGUAGUGCAUUCUCACCCCAGUAUGCCUCAGCAGAGUGGCAUGAUUCAAACCGAUGUGAAGCACGGCGGAGUCUCCAGAGUGUCACUGCCACCUAUUAUGACUUUCCAGCUGGUUCCCAAAGGUGGCAUAAACCAGCAGGCAAUGCCUCAGCAGGCACAGGCAAACUGUGCUCAGAAUAUAGCUGGUCCUCUUAGUUCCAUGUACCAGGUACCAGAUCUAGCUCAGUUGCCAAGUGCCUCCUUUCCCAUAGCAAUGAUCCCUCAGCAGGAUGGACAAGUAGCUCAGACAAACCUCCCAGCCUAUCACCAGUUUCAGAGCUCAGUGGGAAAGUACCCCACUCCGCCAUCUCAGCACAGCUACUCUUCCUCUGCCACGGAGAGGACUCCCAGCCAUACCAGGCACUUGCCAGGGGAGCACCCAUAUCUGACUCCAUCACCUGAGUCACCUGAUCAAUGGUCAAGCUCGUCCCCACACUCUGCCUCAGAUUGGUCUGAUGUGGCCACCAGCCCCAGCCUCGGCAGCAACCAGCGAGGGCCUGCAGCACAUAUGUCAGAGCAGCAGCGGAGCAACAUGCAGGUUUAUGCCUAAAAGGUUCCAAUGGCUGGUAAAGCUGAGCUGGCAGCAGUUCUCAUGACAGUCACCCAGGAUGGAAAUGAAGAACCAUUUUAGUGUUCAAAAGUGUGAAUGCACCCACCCACCAUCCGCUGUGAUUGCUGUAGGUUUUACGCUUCCCGAAUCAGAGAAGCUGGGGAUGGGGAAGACCUGUUGGGCCACUUCUAACCAGUUCCCCAUGGACUAGUGCAUACUACUCUCUAUAUGAGAUUCUCUAGACUUUGUCCAGUCUGCUUUCAAACUUAUUCUGCCACUUUCUUUGAGAGACUCUUGCUCAGCUUAAUGCUUCUUCUGGUUAGAGCUUUCUCAUAUUCAGCCUCAAAUAACAGUAAUUUUACCCUCUUGCUCUUCCGACACUCUGUUACCAUUCCAAAUUCCUCCCUUCUCCUCACAGUUACUGGUCCUGCCUGUGAUCUGAGCUAUCACCCCCCCAUGGCUCUCUUAGACCAGUGUCCUGAACUCCCCCUGCCCAUUAACCAAAACGCUCCCAUAGACAUGAGGACAACUGUCUAGAGCCACCUCCCCUGCACUGCCUAGCUCUUCCCUAAUGCAGUGCCCAGGCUCUCCUGAACCCUCACCUACCUGAGUGCGUGUACAGUGUUGGCUCUUCCAGCUGCCAGCCCCCGAAUUAUCCUCAGACAAGUCUACAGGGCACUCUCCUCCUCACAAUACCUGGUCAGACGUCUACCUCACCACCUACCCCCCAAACUCCUGUCUUCCACAGACAGGUCACACCCCUCCUUCACACUACUCUGCAGUGAAUGCCAGGGCUCAGGGCCGGCCCACCAAGGCACCUUGUCUUGAAGAGGAGACUGCCUGGAAAAGAAGCAGUAGUUUAGGAAACCCCUCAGGUUAAGCAUAAGGAAGUUUCCUGAUCUCACACCACAAAUUCCUGAUCCCAUUACACAGUACCACAGCUAAGAGUCAAAUGUGUUUGACUCCGUUGCUCUCGAGUCCUGCAGGUUGCGUGUUGGGUCUCUCUGUGCUGUAUCAUGAUGUGGCUAGGUUGUAAUCAUGUAUAUGCAGCAUUUUUGUCCUUUUGUACCAUUCACCUGUGUUUAAUGUGACCCUCAAUCCUGGGGAUAGGGCAGAAUUGCCCCUUUUAUGCCCUUUGGAAGUGAUCGGAACAGCCUAAUACAGUGCUGUCCACUAGAAGGCAAGAAUGCUAGAGUCUUCUUCCUAGCCUUUAGUUAGUUUUACCUCAUCUAAAAUUGGAAGUUGGUUAAGUUGGAGACCAAACAGUUCAGAAACCAUCAUCUGAAACAUCUGAGCAGAUGGAUUAAUUGAUUCUGCUCUAUGCUUCAGCACAUACCACAACUGCACACUUGUGAUGCUGUUCCCUGUAUGAUCCCACAAGACAAGUAGGAAUAAUACUGCAGCUUCCUCUAAAUUUUUAGUGGGUUUACAGAACCCAGCUUUCGUUGAGCCUUAACUGGAUAAUAGAGCUGCUUCUCCUCUUGUCCAGAUCUCUGCACUGCCCUGUGAGAACGCUUCCCUGAAGGGCUCUGGACAAGUCAAGGAUAGAAGUGUAAAUUCCUAGAAGUUGCAUUAAUUCUACCUCUUCAGGCGAUCCCUGCAAAUUAACAUUCCAAGGAAAUUUUUGAGCACUAUUUUGCUGCCAACAAAAGACAGGGAGUCUGCUCAUCUCUGAGCAGCAGUUACUGCGCAUUGUACCAGGUCCAGUGUUUCGAGUGAUACUUUUAUCCUAGUAAAGUUAGGAGCACAAUGCAUUUUCUUUUGAUUUUUGACUCAAAGGUACAUGAAGGCAGGGCCUUGCCAGGAAUCAUUCCAUGGGCCACCUUUCUGGGCUGAAGUUGUUGAUUGUUUUGUUUAAUGCUUUCUGACGCACACAGCCUCUCUUCCCUGCCCACACUGAGGUGUGUACUGUGAAAGAGAUACAGCUCAGCCUUUUGGGGGCUUGGGACUGAAAUAAUCAAGGAUUGCUUAAAUACAUGCCAAAGAAACCAAGGGCUUUCGCUUUUUAGCCCUAAAUAACCCAAGUGCCUUUUAUCUUUGGCAGCCAUUGCAAGGCAGGUAUGUUCUUUGCAUCUGGUGUGUUUGAACAAUGUCCCUUUCUGCCUCUUUUAUACUUCUGGUAAAGCUGAGAUCUCCUUAAGGUGGUAUUUUAUCUCGUAAGCAGUAACCAUUCACACAGCAGCAUUUUCCUACAGUAAUAACAGGAAAAUAUGUGCUUAUUUUUACAUUUUUAAAAAAAGUCUAUUAUGAAAAUAAUUGCUACAAAAUAUAUAAGCAUUUUUUAUCCCCAAAAUAAAGAGUAUACGUCCAGUGUCUA